AUGGUGGGACUCUCCGGCCUUGUGCAGUCUGGCGGAGAGAAUUUACAUUUCAAGAUUAGCAGAGGGAGGAAGAGAAAUCUGCCUUUUGUUGUGUGGGGUGAGGAGCAGGCAUGCCCUGGCCUGGCCGCUAUCUCCCAUCACCUCUGCUAUCCAGACAGGACUCACCGAGAUCGUACUGAGAAGCACUCCACGAUGCCAGACUCACCUGUGGAUGUGAAGACCCCAUCCAGGCUGACUCCUCCCACGAUGCCACCUCCCCCAACAACUCAAGGGGCUCCCAGAACGAGUUCAUUUACACCAACGACGUUAACCAAUGGCACGAGCCAUUCGCCCACAGCCUUGAAUGGCGCCCCGUCGCCGCCCAACGGCUUCAGCAAUGGGCCUUCCUCCUCUUCCUCCUCGUCUCUGGCUAAUCAACAGCUGCCCCCAGCCUGCGGUGCCAGGCAGCUCAGCAAGCUGAAACGGUUCCUCACUACCUUGCAGCAGUUUGGCAAUGACAUUUCGCCAGAGAUAGGAGAGCGAGUCCGCACCCUCGUCCUAGGCCUGGUGAACUCUACUUUGACAAUUGAAGAAUUUCAUUCCAAACUGCAAGAAGCUACAAACUUCCCACUGCGACCUUUUGUCAUCCCAUUUUUGAAGGCCAACUUGCCCCUUCUGCAGCGUGAGCUCCUCCACUGCGCGAGAUUGGCCAAACAGAACCCUGCCCAGUACCUCGCCCAGCAUGAACAGCUGCUUCUGGAUGCCAGCACCACCUCACCUGUUGACUCCUCAGAGCUGCUUCUCGAUGUGAACGAAAACGGGAAGAGGCGAACUCCAGACAGAACCAAAGAAAAUGGCUUUGACAGAGAGCCUUUGCACUCAGAACAUCCAAGCAAGCGGCCGUGCACUAUUAGCCCAGGCCAGCGGUACAGUCCAAAUAACGGCUUAUCCUACCAGCCGAAUGGCCUGCCUCACCCCACCCCUCCACCGCAGCAUUACCGUUUGGAUGAUAUGGCCAUUGCCCACCACUACAGGGACUCCUAUCGACACCCCAGCCACAGGGACCUCAGGGACAGAAACAGACCUAUGGGGUUGCAUGGCACACGUCAAGAAGAAAUGAUUGAUCACAGACUAACAGACAGAGAAUGGGCAGAGGAAUGGAAACAUCUUGACCAUCUGUUAAACUGUAUAAUGGACAUGGUAGAAAAAACAAGACGAUCUCUCACAGUACUAAGGCGAUGUCAGGAAGCAGACCGCGAGGAGCUGAAUUACUGGAUCCGGCGGUACAGCGACGCUGAGGACUUAAAAAAGGGCGGCAGCAGUAGCAGCAGCCACUCCAGGCAGCAGAGUCCUGUCAAUCCAGACCCAGUGGCGUUAGAUGCACAUCGGGAGUUCCUUCACAGGCCUGCUUCUGGAUAUGUGCCAGAGGAGAUCUGGAAGAAAGCUGAGGAGGCGGUCAACGAGGUGAAGCGGCAGGCCAUGACCGAGCUGCAGAAGGCCGUGUCCGAGGCCGAGCGUAAGGCGCACGACAUGAUCACGUCAGAGCGCGCCAAGAUGGAGCGCACGGUGGCCGAGGCCAAGCGGCAGGCGGCGGAGGACGCACUCGCCGUCAUCAACCAGCAGGAGGACUCCAGCGAGAGUUGCUGGAAUUGCGGCCGUAAAGCCAGCGAGACCUGCAGUGGCUGUAACACAGCCCGAUACUGUGGCUCCUUUUGCCAGCACAAAGACUGGGAGAAGCACCACCACAUCUGUGGACAGACCCUGCAGGCCCAGCAGCAGGGGGACACACCUGCCGUCAGCUCCUCCGUCACGCCCAACAGUGGGGCCGGGAGCCCCAUGGACACACCACCAGCGGCCACCCCCAGGUCGACCACCCCAGGGACCCCUUCCACCAUAGAGACGACACCUCGCUAG